AUGCAAGACUUGUCCGAGCCCGUUGUAAAAUCAUUGAAACAGUAUUUGGCAAGCAUCUGUGGUGCAAGUCGCUUUAGACAACGACUGCUCCGCCAUGGCAGUAUCUUGGAGGAUGGCGAGAGACUGGAAGAGCAUGAUUCCGCUGAAGCUGUUGAGCUGCAACACGUCGUGCUGCCCUUCUGCCGGACGUCUCUUGAAGAUGUGUGGGAGCUGAUGAACGCUAUUCACCGCCGGGAUGUUUUCAGGGUUGAGCAGAUAUUACAACGACCCCAAGAUCCAAAUCAGAAUGAGCCAGAAAGAUCGGAUCAUGAUACCGAAAAUAUCCUCGAAGAUGAGGAUCUCGAAUGUCACUACGAAGAGCAUGCCUUCGAGCUUCCCACUUUUCUUGGUGCAGCUUGCCGCACAGGCGACAGUGACAUUGUCCGUUUACUGAUCGAGGCACGUUCCAACGUGGAUCGAAGCUUUGGAAACGAGGAUGCUCCACAAACACCUCUUGGAAUUGCAUGCACCCUUGGGCACACCGAGAUUGUUUGCCUCCUGCUGGAAGCAAGUGCUUUCACCGCCCUGCGGAUAGACGGACAGAGCCUGCUCGUUGUGGCAGCUGAACAUGGGCACUGCCAGGUGGCGAGAUUGUUGGUGAAAGCCGGAGUUCUUCCCCGAGAGCUUCUUGAAAGGAUGGCUCUAGUCAGACAUUGCCCGUUUCUAGAGCAGUUGCUGCCCAGUCCAAGUUACCCCAAACCCUAA